AUGGCUUCUUCUUCUUCUUCUUCUUCUUCUUCUUCUCCUUCUUCUUCCACCCAUCAAUGGAAGUAUGAUGUUUUCCUUAGUUUCAGAGGCGAAGACACCCGCAAAAGCUUCACUGAUCAUCUUCACAUGGCCCUGCGUAAAAAAGGAGUCAACACCUUCAUGGAUGACCAACUUAGGAGGGGAGAACAAAUAUCUCCCGCACUCUUAAAAGCAAUUGAAGAGUCAAGGUUUUCCAUCAUCGUUUUCUCUGAGAACUAUGCUUCUUCAAGUUGGUGUCUGGACGAACUAGCAAAGAUUGUCGACAGCAUCAACGUUAUGGGACAUGUAGCUCUACCAGUUUUCUAUAACGUGGACCCCUCUCAUGUAAGAAAACAAACGGGGAGUUUUGCAGAAGCAUUUAAGCAGCAUGAACAAGUUUACAGGGAGAAGAUGGAGAAAGUGGUCAAGUGGAGAGAAGCUUUGACUGAAGCAGCAAAAAUUUCUGGAUGGGAUUCAAGAGAUAGGCAUGAAUCCAAGCUUAUUGAGGAAAUUGUAAGAGAUAUUUCAAAUAAAUUGGUUGGCUCAUCCUCAAGCUACAUGAAGGGCCUAGUUGGGAUGGGGCCCCGCAUAGAGGCAAUGGAUUCAUUAUUAUGUAUUGGAUCGAUUAAUGUUCGGAUGGUAGGAAUAUGGGGCAUGGCUGGCAUAGGUAAAACUACCAUUGCUAAGGCUGUUUAUGAGCGAAUCUAUACUCAAUUUGAAGGUUGCUGCUUUCUUUCAAAUGUUAGAGAAAACUCACAAAGACAAGAUCUAGCUUAUUUACAAGCAGAACUCCUUUCACAAACUUUAAAUGAAGGAAAUCCAAAUAUAGGAAUUUUCAAUAGAGGAAUUGAUUUUAUAAAAGAUAAGCUUCAUUCUAGGAAGGUCCUUAUUGUUCUUGAUGAUAUAGAUCAUUGGCAGCAGUUGGAGGCUUUAGUAGGGAAUCAUGAUUGGUUUGGUCCAGGAAGUCGAAUUAUCAUAACAACUAGAAAAAGACAUUUACUAAUUCAUCAAGAAGUGGAUGCAAUAUACAAAGCUGAGGAAUUAGAGACUGAUGAAGCUCUUAAACUCUUUUGUCAAUAUGCCUUCAGACAUAAGCAUCCUACAAGAGAUUUUAUGCAACUAUGUGAGUGCGCAGUAGAUUAUUCUGGAGGCCUUCCCUUAGCCCUCAAAGUCUUCGGUUCUUUUUUAUAUAAAAAAAGCAUACAUGAAUGGAAGAGUGAAUUCAACAAACUCAAACAAUGCCCCAACAGAGAAGUCCAGGAUGUGCUCAAAACAAGUUUCUAUGGAUUAGAUGAUAAUGAAAAGGAUAUAUUUCUUGAUGUUGCAUUCUUCUAUAAAGGGCAUGACAAAGAUUUUGUUGGAGAAAUACUAGAUAGUUGUGAUUUCUUCUUUCAAACUGGAAUAAGAAAUCUUUUGGACAAUUCCCUCAUAACUAUUUCAGAUAAUAAGUUGUGCAUGCAUGACUUGCUACAAGAAAUGUGUUGGGAAAUUGUUCGGCAAGAAUCUAUUAAAAAUCCAGGCAAACGUAUUAGGUUGCGGGUUCCUGAAGACAUCAAUCAUGUACUAACAACAAAUGCGGGGACUGAAGCAGUUGAAGGCAUAGUCCUUGACUUGUCUUCAUCAAAAGAGUUAAACUUCAAUGUUGAUGCCUUCAAAAAGAUGACUAAAUUAAGAUUGCUCAAAGUCUGUCAUUUGCAAUUUUGUGGAAGCUUUGAAUAUUUGUCAUGGAAAGAGUUGAUCACAAAGUCUUAUGAUGCUUGGAUAAGGAGGAGCUAUGACAUGUAUAACCGUAAAUUGCAUCUAUGUGGAGAUUUUAAAUUUCUAUCCAACAACUUAAGAUCUCUUUAUUGGCAUGGAUACCCUUUGAAGUCCCUUCCAUCAAAUUUUCAUCCGGAGAAGCUUGUUGAGCUAAAUAUGUGCUUUAGUCGGCUAGAACAACUAUGGGGAGGAAACAAGCCAUUCGAGAAGUUGAAAUCCAUGGAACUUAGCCACUCUCAACAUCUAACCAAAACUCCAGAUUUCUCUAGAGCACCAAACCUCGGGAGUCUAAUUCUCAAGGGUUGUACAAGUUUGGUCAAGGUUCACCCAUCCAUUGGAGCUCACAAGAAGCUCAGUUUCCUGAAUUUAGAAGGCUGCAAGAACCUCAAGAAUUUCUCAAGCAGCAUCCAUAUGGAGUCUCUUCAAAUUCUUACUUUCUCUGGCUGCUCAAAUCUCAAGAAGUUUCCAGAGGUCCAAGGGAAUAUGGAACAUUUAACAGAGCUUUCUUUAGAAGGUACUGUUAUAAAAGGAUUGCCCUUGUCCAUUCAAUAUCUCACUGGACUUGUUUUAUUAAAUCUGAGAGAGUGCAAAAGCCUGGAUUCAUUGCCAAACAGCAUUUUUAAGUUGAAGUCCCUGAAAACUCUUAUCCUUUCAAACUGCUUAAGACUGAAGAAGCUACCAGAGAUCCUGGAAAAUAUGGGGACUUUGAUGGAGCUUUUUCUGGAUGGGACUGCUAUUAGAGAGCUACCCUCAUUAAUCGGACGUCCAAAUGGGCUUGUUUUGUUGAAUCUGACCAAUUGUAAAAGACUUGCAAGUCUUCCAGAAAGCAUUUGUAAGCUGACAUCUCUUCAGACUCUUAAUCUCUCUGGUUGUUCCCAACUGAAGAAAUUGCCAGAUGACUUGGGGAGCCUACAAAGUUUAUUAAAGCUAUAUGUAGAUGGAACUGCUAUACAAGAGGUACCUCCCUCUAUUACUCUUUUGCCAAGCCUUGAAGUACUUUCACUUUCAGGAUGUAAGGGAGGGGAAUCCAAGUCAAGGAAUUUGGUUUUCGCUUUCCUCUCAUCACCAACCGAAUAUUGGUUGGGUUUGCACUCCUUGAAAGACUUGAAUCUAAGCGACAGCAACCUACUGGAAGGAGCACUGCCCAGUGAUCUUAGGUUCUUGCCCUCAUUGGAAAGUUUAGACCUGAGCAGAAACAAUUUUAUUACCAUGCCUGCAAGCCUCAGUCAACUUCCUCGGCUCAAAAAGCUCAUGCUGGCUUACUGCAAGAGUCUUCAAUCAUUGCCAGAGCUUCCAUCGAGUAUUGAAAUAUUAUAUGCGGAUCACUGCACAUCCCUGGAAACCUUUUCAUAUCCAUCAAGUGCUUACAAAUCGAAGGAGCGUGGGAAAUUCAAUUUCACAUUCUCUAAUUGCUUCAGACUAGUGGAGAAUGAGCACAUUGACAUUAUGAAAGCCAUCCUACUGGGAAUUCAGCAUGUUGCAUCAAUACCGAAAGCCCUAGAUCCAGAUAAUUAUUACGAUGCUAUCGUUCCUGGAAGUAGCAUUCCAAAGUGGUUCAUCCAUCAGAGCAUGGGGUCUUCAGUGACUGUAGAGUUGCCUCCACAUUGGCAUAAUACCAAGUUGAUGGGAAUGGCCGUUUGUGCUGUUGUCGACGGAGACCACUCGGGUAAUGUAUAUUUUUCUUGGGGCAAUCAUCGUGGCUUCCAUUUCAAUUACAUGCAAUUCUCAAUGGAAUCUGAGCACAUGUGGUUUGGGUAUCGAUCACUUCGUGGACUAGAAUUUUGGAGCAGUGGUCGGUUCGGAAAGCAGAAUAGGACUAUGAAGAUUUCAUUUGGUAGACUUCUCCAGGGGAAGAAGCUAGAUGUGAAGAAGUGUGGGGUUCGUCUAGUAUACGAGAAGGAGCAGAGAGAUGGGGAAUGCAGCUUUGGUAAUUCUAAUAGCAUAGCUUUUGUUUUUUCUUAUUGCCCAAUUAAGAAGUACCAUUGGUUCAGUUCUUUAAUUAAAUAUCUUUUUCCAAUUAAAGAAGCUAGUUGAAGAUCUAUUAUUCUUUCCCAUAAUCAUGUCAUUUCAUAAUCAAAUUUUAAUAGACUCAA